AUGGAGGGCGCAGCAGCAGAAUUCGAUUAUCAAAAUCCAAUCUUUAACGACGACGACAUCGACCUCGACGCUAUCUUGCAAGGAAUCCCCCAAGAUUUCACCCUCGAUCUCGACCUCGAUCAGUGGCUGUCGAAUUUCCCUAAGGAACCGGAGAAUCCCCCCUCUGUGGAGGAGAUGGAGAAGUUUCUAAUGGAUGACGGCGAUAAGGAGAAAGCUAGGGUUGAGUACGGUGAUAAUGUGGUGGAGGAGUUCUUCUCUGGUAUUCUUAGCGCCGCGUCGGCGGCGGCGGCGGCGGCGGAGGACAAGAGGGAGGAUGAGGUCGUGGUGAUCGACGGAGACGAGAGGGAGGAGGACGAGGAGAGCAGAAAGAAAAGGAGAAGGCAGAUGAGGAAUAGAGAGUCUGCCAUGCAAUCAAGGGAGAGGAAGAAGAUGUAUGUGAAAGAACUUGAGAUGAAGAGUAAAUAUCUAGAAUCAGAAUGUCGGCGCCUUGACAAUGCCCUGCGCUGCUGUAUGGCGGAGAAUUUUUCCCUUCACCAACUGCUCCAGAAGGACUGUGCUUCUGCAGCCAAACAGGAGUCUGCUGUGCUCUUUAUGGAAUCCCUGCUGUUGGGUUCCCUGUUUUGGCUCCUAAGCACCAUGUUCCUAUUCCUUGGUCUCAGCGUGCGACGCUUGAACUCAAACGGACCAAGCAGACUGGGAAGAGAUCUCGCUCUGGAGGCCGUUGUGUCAAAAGCAGUGCCAAAUGAGAAAUCACGACCAGAUUUUGGUGAUGGUUUGGUGAUUAUGAGAAGGCGAUAUAAGGGUUCAAGGACUAGGAUGAAAUCAUUUUUGUUGCUUCCUAUGCAGGCUCUCUCUACCUAGUUUUUCCCCUAGGUUCUCAGUGCUUUGGUCUGGACCUUUAUCUCAGUUAUAGCAAGUGUUGUAAUAUGUAAUUAUUAUUAUUAAAUGCUGCUGUUUUUCUCGUUCUUAUUCAAAUCCAUCUUUUCUACUUUUCCCUUUUC